AUGUGCCAGGCCGUGCUGCCGGCCCACGCCGGGCCCCGCGGGGAGCUGGGCGCCGGGCCGCUGCUGCGAUGGAUGGACGCCGCCGCCUGCCUCGCAGCUGAGAAGCAUGCUGGGGUGUCCUGCGUGACAGCGUCCAUGGAUGACAUUCAGUUUGAAGAGGCUGCCAGGGUUGGACAAAUUAUUUCCAUCAGAACAAAGGUGAACAGAGCAUUCAAAACCAGCAUGGAGGUUGGCAUCAAGGUGACAGUACAGGAUGUUUUGACUAAGUCUGAAAAGAUUGUGAGUGUGGCAUAUGCAACAUACGUGGCCAAACCAGUCGGUAAUGGAAAGGUUGAGUUAAAACCUGUACAGCUUCUGUCUGCAGAAGACCACCUGGAGCACAGCCUGGCUAUUGAGAGGAGAAGAAUCCGUCUGGGCUAUGUACAAGUCUUUCAGAAGCUAAUGCAGGAGAGCAAUAAGGAAGAUGCUCCUGAAGAGAAAGAUGCAGUUUCAACUGAACAUACACACGUAAAGAGCACUGAGCUUGUCCUGCCUCCUCAUGCAAACCAUCAUGGAAACACUUUUGGUGGUCAGAUCAUGGCUUGGAUGCAGGCAGUGGCAAGCAUUUCAGCAAGCCGCCUCUGUCGUUCACACCCCAUCCUGAAGUCAGUUAACAUGUUCAAAUUCUGGGGGCCAUCCUUCGUGGGUGACCGCCUGGUCUUCAAUGCCAUUGUCAACAACACUUUUCACAACAGCGUGGAAGUUGGUGUCCGUGUUGAGGCUUACAACUGUGAGGAGUGGAUCAAAGACCAGCCACGGCACAUUAACAGUGCAUUCCUCACUUUUAAUGCUGUGAAUGACAAAGGGGAGCUGCUCACCUUCCCCAGGGUCAAGCCCACUACACAGGAUGGUGUGAGGAGGUACCACGGAGCUAUUGCCCGGAGGAGGAUUCGACUCACCAGAAAAUGCAUGCUAUCUGCUAAAGGAGACAAGCCCUCUGAUGCCUGGGAGACAAGCAACCAGGCGUAUUUGAGUUACAGCAACAUAGCUGCACUGACACAUCUGGCAAGAAAACCGGGCUGGGACAUAACCAAGACUCUGGAUAAUGUAAGAAUCUGGACCCACGAGGAGGGUGCUGUGCUGUCAUUCAAGGUGGAGAUGCAAGUGAAGGUCCCAUCCCACGUCGCCUUCUCCCUCUUGUCCGACUUCAGCCUUCGCCAGCGCUGGGACAGACACUUCCUGACGUGCAAGGUGCUGCAGGCUGUGAGCGAAGAGGAGAAGAUCUACCACAUUACAUCUGCCCCCCUGACAGGCCACCAACCCAGAGACUUUGUGAUUCUGGUGUCCCAAAGGCAGCCCUGCAGGCCACAGGAGCCCUAUACGGUGGCUGUGAGGUCGGUGACACUCAGGGCGGUGCCCCCGAGCCCGGAGUUCUGCAGGAGUGAAAUCCUCUGUGCCGGGUUCCAGAUUCACAGCACCAGCAGCAGCUCCUGCACUGUGUGUUACUUCAAUCAAGUGACAUCAGGAGUUAUGCCUUACUUAGCUGCAAAUUUUACUGGCUCAUCAAAAUCCAUUGAAGACACUGCUUUGGAAUGUAUCAAAUUCUUAGAGCUGGAAGACAGCAAGUGCUGAAGUCAAAACAGAUUUCUGAAGGGACAUCUGAAGAUUAUCAAGCAGUUCUGGUUUAAAUUCAUGCAAGGGUGUUGAUCAUUCUUCUGUAGGUUACUUGCUUCAGAUCAUGUAGUCAGCAUUGGGCUUCAGCCUGAAAAUAUCUGGUACAAGCAUUUUCUAUCAAACCAAGCUUAGGUCUUAGGCUCUAAAUUCAAUCUUUAAUUUAAAAAAGAUUAAGGAACAGAUUCUGCUUUUGAUUGCAUUAAUGAAUUUUAUGUAAAUGGAGGCAGAACUUGGCUCAGUAGAGCUGUAGCUCAUAAGACUUUUUCACUAUUUUAAUGUUACAUUGAACAGAGUGGCAUCCAGGCAUCCCUUGAAAUCAGCAGAAACCAAGUAGCUUUGCCAGUGCUCUGACCUGGCCAUGCAGGUCCUUGCAUACUCACUAUUUAUAAACUGAUUACAGCCCAUGUAAAUUAGUGUUGGCUAAUGUCUGUACAUUAGUAGUUGUCUGUUUAUCUGUGACUCCCGAUAAAUUAUUGUUUCUGA